AUCUAGUUUGUAUUUUCAAGAAACAAUGCAGCAAACCAGAUUUUCAAAAGAGGAAGUAGCAUAUCUGGAGCAGGUAUUAUCUGUUAUAAUUUGCAAAUAGGAGGCCAGAAAAAAAGAUCAUGUGACAUCACACUAAAGGAAAAUAGCACACUUUAAGGUAAAACUGAACUUUAGAAGCAGUUGAAAACUUUGCACUGACAUAUUGGCAACUGAUGCUUCAGUAUUGGCAUUACCUUCCAAUACAGGGUUUUGUUUUGUUUUUUAUACUAAUACAGGGUUUUGUCAAUCUAAAACCACAGCAUGCUCAGUUUUAUUCUCUUGAAUAUAUACCAGAGAACAUUACGCCAGUAUCAAUUUAAGUGGGUUUGUAUCAUUUACUAUUCUUCUUUAAUGAAAUAACAUGCAGAUCUCCUCUGUAUUCGAGAAAAGUAUCAAUUUAGGUUCCAAACUAUUUCGGAAAGAAUCAAUUUUUGGUACAGUAAAGCUUUGUAAAUCAAGAGAAUGCACCAAUCUCCCAAUAACCUAUUUCUAAAAAUAGCAUUUAUAGUUCAACGUCGAACAGACAAGUAAACUUAAUGAUAAACGUAACCAAGAUGAGGGAAACUCGUUAAUCACAGGUGAUGAGGUGAUUAUCUUUAAAAUCCAUAACCAUCACAUUUCUCAAAAGCUGCUAGUUUUCCAGUUUUAACUUGGGUGUAUGGAGCAACAACUUCCCAAGUAGAGUUCCAAAACCUAAACAUCUCUGAAUUUACUAUUGAGGUUUGCUGCAAUGAAGCAAUAUAUGUUUGUUACGUCUACAAACAGAUAAAGCAUGUACGCAUUUGUCCCCUAUUACAAUGCUCUAUGAAACCAUUUUUUGUAGCACACAGAUGUACGCAAAAUUCAAGAAAAUCUGCCUAACUGGAUGCUGUCACAUCAUUUUUCCAGAAAGAGAAGGCAUUCAACAGAGAGAUGAAGAGGAAGUUGGAAGAAAUGAAAGCCACAACCACUUCACUAAGAACUCAGAAAAUAGACCAGAAAACCAAGCUCAAGGGUCUGGAAGCCACUGUUGCAAAUCUUAAGAAGACUCAAAAAGAAAUGGAAGCGGCUCUCGCAGAGAAAGACAACCGCAUCAACCUAAUGGAAGAGGCAGCCACAAAUCUUAAGAAGGCUCAAAGAGAACUGGAGGCAACUCUCACAGAGAAAGACAGAUGCAUUAGACAAAUGGACGAGAAGGCCACAAAUGCUACGAACACUCAAAAAGAAUUGGAAGCAGUUCUCAGGGAGAAAGACAGCCGUAUCAGGCAAAUGGAAGAGAAAGCCAUAGGUUCAAACCCUGACCAGAUGGCAGCUCUGAUGGAAAUCCUGCAGUGGAAGGAGGCUGAACUUGAAGAGAUCAAGACUAGGUUCCAAGAUUUCAAGAAAAUAGACAGAGUGGAUGUGCAUAGUAAGAGCACUCCUGUGCAAACAAACAAUACUAGCACAACACCUAACAUUGUGGUAGUAAAAAAGUCUAUGAACUCAAGCAGUGCAGCUAUUCCCGUCAAAUCUGAAGAAAAGAGGUCUGGCAAUACUACAGUAGUAGAAAGUGCCAAGCCUGAAGAAAAGAGACCUACCAAUACCACAGUAAUAGAAAGUGCCAAGCCUGAAGCAAAGAGGUCUGCCAAUACAACAGUAGUAGACAGUGCCAAGCCUGAAGAAAAGAGGCCUGCCAAUACCACAGUAGUAGAAAGUGCCAAGCCUGAAGAAAAGAGACCUGCUAAUACCACAGUAGUUGAAAGUAAGCGCUCAAAAGACAGAUCUCUAGAAGAAAAGCUAGUGAAGUUCAUGACUAAUAUGGAAGAUGAUGGCGUACAAGGAAACUUAAAUAAUUUUGAUGAUGAUAUAGAUUUUGAUGAUAUUUACGGAGAAAGUCGUUCAAAAAAAUCUGGAUCCCCUCGAAGGAACAAGAAGUUCAUGACCAACGAUCUGGACAGCACUGGACAGUCUGGGAACUCCCUAGAUCAGGACAGCGAUAGGGUUCGAUACAAUAGACUGCUGGAGAAGGAAAAUGCUAAACUUUCCAAGGAAACCAAGAAGAACACUAAUGGUUCCUUGGAGAAGAUCUCCAAAGCUAGCUUAGAUCAUGGUGGCCACACCACAUCAGAAAAGGUUGUGCAAGGGAUGGCUGGUGCUGCUGAUGUGAAGCCCAGCAUUAAUAAGUUACUGAACAAUGAUGAGGCAAAACAGGAAAAGAGGAAGCAGAAGAAGAAAAAGUCUAAAUCUAAAAAGAAGAUGGCUGAUACUGCAGAUAUUAAUGUUAGUGGAGAAGUUGCUAAACAGAGGGCGCCAGAUGCAACAUCGAUCUGAAACUAAGUUUUUGGAGCCCCAAAAGGCUGAAGAGAACCCCCUGGAUCUUCAGAGACAAGAGUGAUGCCUUUCUGUAUGUUGAAAUACAUGAUGGCAGAUUCCAUCACAGAAAAGAUGAAGGCAGAUAGUAGCUGAGAAAAUAUAGUGGUCAAUUUAUAGCUCAUAGCAGCAGAUAACUUAUUUCUACAAUACUAUUAAUUGGUUCUGUUCUGCGAACGUUAAGAGUAUAUUGUUUUCAUAUCUUAUUUUCUAUUGACAAA